CGCCCAAUGACAAUCUUCGCAAAGGUUUGAGCAGGCGAGCCGAACUUCGAAUUCUCGAACGCUCAAGUGACGGCGUGUGAGGCGUCCAUUGAUAUCACAGUAACCACUAGGAGACGGGGAAACGGCAUUGCGCACGCGUAGUUCGUUUCCCGCGGUUUUCCUGGGCGGUUGAUUUAGCACGGGAAAGGGGCAUAGAGGACGGGAGACUGCGAUGGCUGCUUCCUCCGAUGGAGGUAAGCCGCUAGUGCCCGUCACUCAUGUCAUCUUUGACCUGGAUGGUACCCUCAUAAACACCGAGGAUAUCUUUAACGCCAUCAUGAAAGAACUCUGUAGUCGCUAUGGGAAGAUGUACACUUGGAAGGAAAGAUCCCAGAUUAUGGGUAUGAAAGAAGUGAACGCCUUGGAAGUUCUCCGAAAGCUCUUCGACCUGCCUUUAACCGUUGAAGAAAUCCUACGCGAAACCGCACAAAAGAAACGAGAACAAUAUCCCACCUCUGCCUUAAUGCCGGGGGUGGACAAGCUGGUCCGCCAUCUGCACGAGCACAAGAUCCCCAUUGCAGUCGCCACCAGCUCCAUUCGCGAAGCGUUUGAGAUGAAAACGGGGCAACUUAAGCCCUUUUUCGGCUUGUUCCAUCACAUUGUGAUGGGAGAUGACCCCGAGGUAAAAAACGGCAAGCCACAACCCGAUAUAUUUUUGGUUGCUGCAAAGAAGUUCGAACCGCCGGUACCUCCGGCAAAGUGCCUUGUGUUUGAAGACGCCCCCAAUGGAGUCAAAGCUGCCCUUGCUGCCGGCAUGCAAGUAGUCAUGGUCCCCGACGGCGGUUUGCCAAAAGAACUGACGAAAGAAGCCACCCGUGUCCUACAAUCAAUGAAUGAUUUCAAGCCAGAAAUGUUUGGCUUGCCGAAGUUUGAUUGACAUUUGCUGUCUAUUGAUCUUACGGAUUCAGGUUUUCCGACUGGAGAACAUUCUUUAAUAUUAAAAGCAUUCCAAAAAUU